AUGGACAAAGUGGAAGUGGGAGCAACCAUGGGAGAUGAGAUUGUCACUAGUGAUUGGAAUCCUCAUGCUGAUUUACAAGCUAUGGCCAGAGCUCAUCGACUUGGACAAACUAACAAGGUGAUGAUUUAUAGGCUUAUAACAAGGGGAACAAUUGAAGAAAGGAUGAUUCAGAUGACAAAGAAGAAAAUGGUUUUAGAACACCUGGUUGUAGGGAGGCUAAAGGCUCAAAACAUUAACCAGGAAGAGUUAGAUGAUAUUGUAAGGUAUGGCUCAAAGGAGUUAUUUGCUGAUGAGAAUGAUGAGGUGGGCAAAUCUCGUCAAAUUCAUUAUGAUGAUGAUGCUAUAGACAGAUUGUUGGAUCGCAAUCAAGUUGGAGAUGAAGAGGCUGCUUUGGAUGGGGAAGAUGAAGAUGGAUUUCUGAAGGCCUUUAAGGUGGCAAAUUUUGAAUACAUCGAGGAAGUUGAGCCAGCAGAGGAGGUAGCACAAAAUAUAGCAAAGGAGAAUCAAUCCUCUGAGACCAGUUCCAAAAGAACAAAUUACUGGGAAGAGUUGUUAAAAGACAGGUAUGAAGAGCAUCAAGUUGAAGAGUUAAAUGCCUUGGGCAAAGGGAAGCGAAACCGCAACAAAUGGCUGGGGGGUGGUUUUAGUGGUUUGGAAGAUGUAAGCUCUGACGGUGAAGAUGAGAAUUACAAAGCGGAUGUUACUGAUGAUGAUUCAAAUUCAAGUGAAGCUACUACUACUACUACUAGAAGGUCUCACAAAAAGAAAGCUCGCGCAGAUAGCAUGGAGCCACUUCCUUUAAUGGAAGGUGAAGGAAAAUCUCUGAAAGUACUUGGUUUUAAUCAAAGUCAAAGGACUGCUUUUGUUCAACUUUUGAUGAGGUUUGGGGUUGGUGAUUUUGAUUGGAAAGACUUUACCUCCCACAUGAAGCAGAAGACUUAUGAAGAAAUAGAAGAGUAUGGAAAACUGUUCUUGUCUCAUAUUGCGGAAGAAAUAACUGAUUCCCCUACAUUCACUGAUGGUGUUCCAAAAGAAGGACUUCGAAUACAAGAUGUACUUGUAAGGAUUGCAAUUCUUCUCUUGAUAAAGGACAAAGCGAAGUUUGCAUCAGAAAAUCCUCAAACUCCGCUUUUUUCAGAUGAUAUCUUGUUACGCUAUGCAAAUUUGAAGGGUACAAAGAUAUGGAAGGAGGAGCAUGAUUUAGUGUUGUUGCAUGCAGUGUUGAAGCAUGGCUAUGGAAGGUGGCAUGAUAUUGUUGAUGAUAAGGAUCUGAACAUUCAGAAGGUCAUCUGUCAGGAGUUGAAUAUUCCAUUUACAAAUUUACUAGUUCAAGGACAAGUUGGUUCUCAAGUGCACAAUGGUGCAAAUAUUUCAAAUGUGGAGUCCAGCUGCAAUCCAUCUGGUAAAAAUGGUAGGAGUCACAUACCAGCUGAUGGUGCAAAUAUGACAAAUGUGCAAUCGAGAUGCAACCAAUCUAAGGAGAGUGGUGCGAGUGCAAAUUUACCAGUUCAAGGACAAGUUGGUUCUCAAGUGCACAAUGGUGCAAAUAUGUCAAACGUGGAGUCCAGCUGCAACCCAUCUUGUGAAAAUGGUAGGAGUGACAUAGCAGCUAAUGGUGCAAAUAUGACAAGUGUGCAAUCGAGCUGCAACCAAUCUAAGAAGAGUGGUGUGAGUGGCAUGGCUGCUGAAGGUGCACAUGGUUCUGGCAAUGCUGGGAACCAAGCACAGCUAUGUCAAAAGACCUCCAUAUUGCAUCAGUUUAAAGAUAUGCAGAGAAGACAGGCUGACUUUAUAAAAAGAAGGGUUCUUCUCUUGGAGAAAGGUCUCAACGCUGAGUAUCAGAAAGAAUACUUUGGUGAUUUGAAAGAAAAUCCGGUGGCAAAUGAAGAAUUUAAAGGUAAAUCCAAGGCGACAAACAUGCCAAGUUAUACAUUGGGAGAUUCUGACUCACAAAUGAUUGAUCCACUACCCCGACUUGAAGCAAUAGGUUCAGAGGAAAUUGCUAUUUCUGCAUGUGAUUACAAUCCAGAUCGAUUGCAAUUAGUUUUUCUCUAUAAUGAGAUGUGCAAGACUGUGGAUCAGAAUGCCAUGGAUGUAGUUAAAAUGUCUUUGGCCAGAGAACUGAGAGAAGUUCAUGUUGUUAAGAACUUCCAUAAGUUGGAAAUUAUUUCUGAAGAUGUGAACCGAAUUUUAAAUCAACCAAAUCAACGUUCAGCAGAAACGCAAGUACCGAAUUCUGGCAGCAGUCAGGUACAGCCUAGUACAAGAGAUGUAUAAAUACCAAGAUUUCCGAGGACAUGGGGAACUAAUGUGGAAAUGGGUGGUGGAUCAAAACUAAGAGUGAUGCUGAGUUGAAGCAAGACAGAAAUCUGUUGUGAUAAUUUUUUUAGAUGACUAAAACCUUAGAGAAGAUCUUAGUCAUACUCGUAGCAUAAUAGUCUCAAUUCUCAAAUUAUUUAUUGGGCUCAUUAUGUAGGAAUACAGAUUAGAAAGAACAGGCAUUGUAGCAAAUAGUGUUAUAAUUCUCUUGCUUCAUAAUUCAUUAGAAGUUGUCUGUGUUGACGAGUUCCUAGCAAGAGCUCCCCAUUUUUUUUUUUUAAUGAAUUCCUACAGUUUGAUUCAUUGUAGUUUAUUUUUGUAUUAGAUAUAAUAGACUUUGUGUUGG